GAGGGAUAUCCGGUCUAGAACAUAGAAACUUACUACUUAUUUCGAGAUGAAUCCUCUCAAUUGCAUUAUUGAAGAACAGACAUAUCAAUCAAAGUCUUUCCAUUAUUACUUCAGCACUGAAACUUUAUUCCACUUCUUGAGCAAUAAUUUCUACCUUCUGAAUUACCUUCAUCAUGGCUCCAAUCAAUUUUGGCGUUCUCAUGAUACCUUAUCAAACAGUCGACGCUGCCAUGCCUUUGGAUGUUCUGGGCUCAUGUUCCAAAUCAAUGAUGGAAGCUUGCCAGUCUCCUGAGGCUCCGGAAAUUGAUCGCUUGCUCCCUCACGCAAUUGAUAUCAAUUUCUUUCAUAUCAAUGAAACCUUGGAACCGGUUGAGCUCACUGCUGGAUUCAAAGUGGUGCCAACAACCACUAUCAACGAUUGUCCACCACUUGAUUACCUCCUCAUUGGCGGCACAAUACCAACCUACCAACUCCCUGAAUCUUUCAAAAGCUUUAUCUGUGCCCAUGUUGGAGCAGGCAAGGGUCUUUUCACUACAUGUACUGGUGCCAUAGCCGUUGCCCAGACAGGAAUCCUCGAUGGAAAGAAAGCAACGGUGAAUCAUUCUUACAUUGGAUACGCCAAGAAACAUUCUCCAAAAGUAAAUUGGACGAUCAAUGCUCAAUGGGUUGUUGAUGGAAAUAUUUGGACGGCUGGUGGUGCUUGUGCUGGGAUGGAUAUGAUGGCUAGUUGGGUAAUCGAUAGGGCUGGGAUGGAUCUUGCAAAAUUGGGAUUUGAAGGUUUGGAUUAUGAACCUAGGGAUGUGAGAGGUGAUCGGGUCUUUCCUCAGAAACAUCACCAUAUUGUUGAAGCUUGAAGGAUCUCGGAGGAGUGAAGGGGCGUGGGCAGAGAUAGCAGUUCUUUAUUAAGAGGCUUAGCAUUGCAUCCAAGAAAGAAUGGUGAGCACUUGACACGAGAUAAACAAUUAAACCCAAAAGUUCUUGUACUCA